GCCCCGGAGUUCUCCGGCAGGGAGGGAGGCCGUUGGGGUGACGGUGCUCCGCGCACAGCGCUCCAGAUGGAAGCGGCACCGAAUUCAGGGGCAGCUCUUUGUUGCAAGCCCGGCGGGCGACUGGACAUGAGCCACGGCUUCGUGCACCACAUUCGGCGGAAUCAGCUCGCCCGGGACGACUACGACAAGAAGGUGAAGCAGGCGGCCAAGGAGAAGGCCAGAAGGCGGCACACGCCCGCGCCGACGAGGCCCCGCAAGCCGGACCUGCAAGUGUACCUCCCGCGACACCGAGAUGGCUCUAUCCACCCAAGCAACCCAGACUGUGAAGAGUCCGGUGAAAGCAGCAGUAGUGGAGGCUCUGAGCCAGAGCCUUCUAGCCAUCAGCUCUUCUGCUUAGAAUAUGAGGCGGACAGCGGGGAAGUCACAUCAGUUAUCGUGUAUCAGGACGAUGAUCCAGGAAGGGUGAGUGAGGAGGUGUCAGCACACACGCCUCUGGAUCCGCCCAUGCGAGAGGCCCUCAAGUUGCGCAUCAAGGAGGAGAUUGCAAAGCGCCAGAGCCGACACUGACCAGGCUGAAGGCAUUCCCUCCAGGCUGGAGUCACUGCCCAGGGAGUUCACCCCUAGUUUGGGGAUGCCAGGACCAGUCUAGGCUGAUCUUGAGACACAUACACACAAAUACACAGAUACCUCCCAGAGCUGCUAGUAAAGGGUGUAGUAGGGGCUGUGCCUGACCAACUCCCUUGUAGCCAGUCUUUCUUGUAUUUUGGCCCAUUUGACCAGCCUAAUUUGGGAUUUUUGAGAAUUUUUGGCUAGUUUGGUGUUCUAAGAGCAGAGACUCCCAGGAGAGCCAAGGUUUAGAAGCCUUAUGCCAAUGUGCUGCUUUCUCAGUGAGUUCAUAUGCCUUGGGACACCUGGCCACUGCUGCUCCACCCAGCUCCAUGAGCCAUGUUUGUUAUUGUAUAGUUCCUUUCUACUGUGCAUCUGCUCACUUUCAUUCAUGUUCUUCUAGAUCUUUUUUUUUUUCUGUCUCUUUGUUCUUUUCUUCAUCUUUUGGUCUCAGAGUCCAUCAGUUCCACCCUGCCUUGCAAUAUGACUGUACACCUCCAGCUGCUGAGAACUGAGGAGGUGUGGGGUCCUGGUGGUAUACCUUUCUGACGAGCUCUCCCAGUAAUCUGAUAUCAAUACAGGGAGAGGUGUUCAUUUUUGAGGCUGACUUGCCAGCGUGUCUCCCUCUCCUUCCAUGGCUUUUUCAAGUUUCUGUCAGGUUCCACUGUUUUGCACCGUCUAGAUAAAGGAGACUUAGGAAGAUGAUGCCAAAACUAAAUUUCAAGAAUUUCUUGCAGCAAAAUUUUCCUUGGUUAAGACUAUAAUUCUAGCUUUCAACCUCAUCCCUAAAGGGGAAUUAUCAAAACAUGCUUGAAACUGCCCUUCCAAAUGUGAUUUAACAGUCUUGAACUGUUAAAGAGAAAUUCAGCAGCAAUAAUUGCCUGUUUGGAACCAUAGUUGCAAAGAUUAAAAACGGCACAAUACCCCAAAGGAAGUAAAAUGAACAUCUCUCAUUCCUGCCCCAUUCCUUCUCCUUUCCUGACUUUCAAGAGUAUAUAAUCUCCCAACAAAUCCUUAGAAUAAACAUGCCAGGAAUAUCAGUGCUUUCACCUAAGUGAACAUUUUGCCUAAUGCAGGUUGAAGCUGAAUUCCGAGAAAUUCACAGGGCAUCCAUUCUGUUCCCAACCACUUAAGUUUUCCAGCACAUUAGCCUAACCUCAGUGACUUGAAAUUUGGGGGUUACGUGAGCCCACAAGCACUGAGACUUCUUGAAACCAAAGUCCCCCUGCCCCAGGGGUUUUUCCACAUCAGGGUCUCAAGAUCAGUCUAGCUGGUCCAUCUCAGCAGCUUUUCUCUUAGAGGACACCUGAGGGCACUCUUAAAGCACAUUAUUAAAAUGCAGCUAGCCACAGCUUGCAGUGACAAGAAUGCUGGAAGGUGAGUGAGGCGGAUAAGUUAAAAGGACCUGGUUGUGAAGGGACCACAGUGCUCCUGGCCCAAAGAGCUGGCCCAAGGUUAAAGGCCUUAACCUUGCCAGUCCUGAGCACAGUUCUACUUUCAAAGGAGAAAGUCUGCCCUCUAUUUAUUCAGCUGGACUCCAAGUGCCUUUUGACUUACAAUGUUAACUACCCUCCAGAGCUUCCUGAGUCGAGGAGGCUAUGCCAUCAUCCCAAUCUCCCUGCAGCUCAGAGAACCAGUUAUUUUAGUCUUCCAGCUCCUCAACUGAUCUUCUGACUUGGACAUAGAAUCUCAUUGGAACUCUUGGGCUUCCCAAUCUGGAAAUACCUUUGGGGUCCAUCUUCUCACAGCUGAAUGGCCUGCUUCCUGGAUUUACUAUAGAAAUUUAGAAACAAGACCAGAAGAGGCUGGGCAUAGCACCUGAAAGUUUAGCCUCUAUUCCGUUUUGUGAGAAGGGAAGCAUGUACCUACUGUCUUUGUGUGUUUGUCAUGUAAUCCAUACACACUCAGGUAAGAAACUGAUGGGAACUGCUUGCAUGUAAAUUUUUUCUUGAAGCACUUUGCCUAUCAAGUGCAUAUAAAAUAUUUUCCAUUCAAGAAAGUAUUCUAAUUCUUAGCGAAUUUAUGCAGUAUGACUCUAUAAAUCACUGGCCUGAUACUUACUGAGGUAGUCCUUCAGAGAAGAAUUAUUGGUGAUGAGGCUGCCAUUGCUCCAGGUGUGCCUGAAAUGCUUCUCUGGUGAUGGCCCUCAGCCAUCAGAGAGCUUUCUAGCACAGGCUCAUUGGUUAUUGCCACCCAUUAUCUGGGGCCCAGUUUAUUCACUAGGCUUGCCUCCAGACGUCUUUCACCUGUUUUCAAAAUUGGUGCUUUUCCAUCAAGGGAAAUGUUCAGAGCAUUUCCCACAGGCUCUAGCUGUUCCCAAAAGGGAUUUGUCCAGUGCUGUGUGGUACAAUGGCAACAGCGUUGGACUAGCUGGAGCUUUCCAGCAGGCUGCAGCAGAUUCCAUACCCACUUGACUAGAUGCAUUCUUGGCUAUCUAAAAAAAGGUCUGGUAGCCUGAUAGGUAUCUUAUGUAAGUGUUCCUUCACUUACUGAGGGUAAGCCUUGGAUUUUAAGGUUUUGUGUUUCCUGGGCCACAGUGGGAAAUACAGAAGGAAGCUGGGGUUUGCAGGGGUUUGGGCUGUGCAAAAAUAAACACUAAAGCUUGAGUUCCAGCCAGUUGGCAAACAUGGAAAUCUUUGACGAACAAAAAGCAAGAAAAGAAUGUAAAGCUUUUUGUAUUGAGUGAGAGAGAGUAGGAGCCUGUGGAGGCUGGCCAGAUAGCAGGACCAGCGUGUGCAGUACCAAAUUCUCCCAUGGAAGAGCCUCUGAAAGGGACAUUCCAUCUCUGUGGUCUCCCCUGAGGGCACUGCCAACUAGAGGUGAGCCUAGGGUAGUGGGUAUUCAACCUGCAUUGCAUUCAGUGGGAUCUGUAGAUGGUUGGGUAGUAGAUCCCAACUGGUUCACAAAUAUAAAUGAAACCUUUAUAUAUAUAGAAAGAAGUAAAGACAGGUUAUUUUCCUACCUCUGAGAUUUUGGGAGAAUCACAUUGGAAUGUUGGAAAUUAUUUGAAACAUUUUAAGUUCCCUCCUUGAAUUCCUCACCCUGAGGAAUUAGAUGGCUAAGAAGCCAUAAGGCCCUGAUGGGUGUGGUUCAGUUGGUGGAGCACCGUCCCAGUCCCACAAAGCAAAAGGUCGACCGAUUCCGGACAGGGCACAUGCCUGGGUUACGAGUUCAAUCCCUAGUUGGGGUGUGUACAAGAGGCAACCUAGUGAUGGUUCUCUCCCUCUCCCCCAUCCCCUCUCUCUAAAAAUACGUAAGUAAAAUCUUUUUUUAAAAAAGAAGCCAUAGGCACCCACCCCAAAUUUCCUCAGUAAUUGGAGUGAUACUAGAAGUGAAAACCUGAGUAAAGAGCCCCCCUGCCUUCUCAAAGCCACCAGAACAGCAGACUGGUUGCACUGGUUAUGCUGUGAUGUUAAAUGUAUAAAAGCCAUAGAGUCUUCUGUUUUCUCAUUUCAAUGUUUCUGCUUUGUGGGUGAAUAAAGUGAAGUAUGCAAAUAAUUUGAAAAUACUGGAAGGAAGGUACUUUUCAAAGACAGUAUUGUUUUUAACCAAUAAACAUUAUUUUUACAGCA